AUGGAGCGGAAGUUUUAUGAAACAACAGUUGCGCCCGCGACUGCGAUCACGCACACAGUGAUAGGGAAGUUGGAAGAAGGCCCGACGCAAUUUUUAAUCACAUCACGGAAUGUGUAUGUUGACAUCUACGAAAUGAGUGAGAACGGGUUGAAGCAACGAUACAGUCAAAUGUUUCCAUAUUCGAUAACGUUGAUCCAAACGUAUCGAGUGACUGAAGGAAAGAGUAUACGAGACUUUGUUAUAAUACUAACGAGUAAUCAUCAACUUACUAUCACACGACUUGAAGGGAAUACAUUGAAGGUUGUCUUUGGUAUUUCAGUUGAAGAUCGCCUUGGGAGAAAGGCGUUUUAUGGAGCGUUGGGUGUGGUGAUGCAGAACAAAUAUUUGAUACUUUAUUUGUAUAACCACCAAAUCAAAAUCAUUUCACUGCCACAAGGAGAUGAGGAACUAUUGAGCCAAAGUGUCAAAAGUGUGAGAAUUGACCAGGAAAGAAUAGUCGGGAUGCACAUCAUUGGAGAUAAUCAAAUUGCUCUCCACUCGGAUCAAAACACAAAAAAGACCGUCGUGUUUUAUGAGGUGAAAACAGACGACUUCUCUGUUAGUAAUUCAACGGAAUAUCAACCAAUAGAGAACGUCGAUUUCUUCGUCGCACAUAAUAACGGCUUCUUCGUCGUGCAAAACGGAUCACUCCAAUAUCACUACAAUACUAAUACAAAGAGCAUUAACGUCGCAUUGCCACAAAUCACAAUCGCUACAACAUGCUUCUUGGACAAUAAUCGCCUUUUGCUCUGCGACAAUACCGGGAAGUCCCAUCUCAUCACUUUGAGGCUUGACGUGGAACAGGUCCAUUACUACCCCCUUCCCUUUGCCAAAUUGAGUAUUCCAUCGAAAGUGGUGUAUCUUGACAAUGGGGUGUUAUUCUGGGGAUCGAGUGGAGGAAACAGUUAUUUAAUUAAAAUAGGAGAGGAGAGGAUGGAGGUACUUGAAACGUUUGAGAACAGAGGACCAAUUCUCGACAUGAUCACCCUCCACGACGAGAUCUCGAAGAAGGACGAUUUACUGAUAUGUAGUAACACCUAUCACCAAGGCACAUUGAAGUUGUUACGGAGUGGUGUUGGGGUGAAUAUUCUUGGGGAGGUGGAGUACCGUGGGAUUGAAAAGAUGUGGAAAUGCUUUGAAAAUGCUGGUGAUAUGAGUGACGAUUAUAAAGAGAUGUAUGUCAUCGAGGGGGCAUUUGGGUCGAAUUUUGUGCAUAUAGAAGGGAGGAAAGGAGACGUCCAAAUUGUUGAGAUAGCAAAUAGUGUGACGGUGAAAGGACGGAUUGUUGGAGUUGGAGAUUUUGAUGGGAAAUUAGUUGUUGUAACGAAUGGUGGGAUUUCAAUAGCACGAGUGCAUGACACGAUUGUCGAAGAGCAGUUUGUGAGUACUGAGGAGAUUACACAUUGUGUUAGUGAAGGGAAGGAUGUUGUGUAUAGUGGGAGGAAUACCGUGAAAUUAUUUGACGCUGAAAAGUGUGUGAUGAGUGAUAUCAAAAGGUACGAGGAGGAGAUAUCAAGCAUUGGGUGUUACACUGUUUCUUCUGAAAAUACACGUGAGAGGUAUAUUGGAGUUGGUCGAUGGGAGCAUAAAGAGAUAGAGAUCAUCGACGACCAAGGUGAUGUACUCGACCGGGUGUAUAUAGGAGAUGUGGUGAGUAAAAGUAUUAAAUUUGUUGGAACGCCUUCGACUCUUAAAGUUAUAAUUGGGUUAGGGGAUGGUCGUGUAGUUGUCUCAAACAUUCGAAAGAAGAAUUCGACUCAAAUGGAAGAGGAACAUAAAGUAGGGAAGGUUAUUGAGGUAGGAAUGGGUGGUGUGAGUAUAGAUGAAAUGGCGAUAGAUGGGAAGAUGUAUGAGAUUUGUGUGUGUGAGCGUCCAACGUUGAUGAGUUUAGAUGAUGAUAAAAUCAAAAUGAUGAGUGUGAAUAUAGGGGAGUCCGUCGGGUUUCUUGGUGUCCACAUUACUGGGAUACCAAACAGUGUUUUAAUAGCAAGUAAAGAAAGUUUGAUGAUUGGAAGUAUUGAGGAGGUCAAAGCAAUUAACACGAAAAGUCUAGAAUUGGGUGUUUUUGUGUCACGAGUAGUGGUGAGUUCUGAUGGGAGAAGUGGUGUGUUAUUGUCGUCCGAAAUUGAAGAGACGCGAAGUGGGAAGAAUGAAGUGCAUUUCAUCAAUUUGAUAGACUUGAGAAAGAUGGAAAUAAUUGACAAAGUGCGACUUGAUAAAGACGAGCAUGGGAUGGCCAUUGAUGUGAAAGAAAUUGAAGAGAAAGAACUGUACAUAGUAGGUACGGCGUAUGCGAAACUAGGGGAAGUCGAGCCGAGUCGUGGGCGGUUUAUCAUAUUUGAAAUUCACGAAGAGAAGAUAAUUGAAGUAUCCAACAGAUAUGUAGAUGGUGCGGUGUAUUCUGUGAAACGAUUUGAGAAUGAUGUUGGGAAUUACAUAGCCGCGACGAUUCAGAAGAAGGUAGUAGUUUACCAAAUUGAGAGGAAAAUAGUUGAUGGGAAGUUUGCGGUUACUAUUGAAGAGAAAGGAGGAGCGAAUGUGAAAUUGAUAGGGCUAUUUGUGAAGACAUUGGGGCAUGAGAUAUUAGUUGGUGAUUUAAUGAAGUCAAUUUCUGUGUUUAAAUUUGACGAGAAAGCGACGCGGAAUGCCGUAGUUGAGACGUGUCGAGACUUCUAUGCGAGUUACACCACUGCCGUAGAAUUUAUGGACGAGCACUGUUUUAUGAGUAGUGAUUCCCAAGGGAAUUUGUUGGUGUUUACAGAGAACACGACAACGACGAAUGAGAACGAGAAGUUCAAAUUACAGAAUGAAGCGCAUAUUCAUGUGGGGGAAUGCAUUAAUGUGAUGUGCAAAGGAUCGAUUGCCGUGAUGAAUAAUGCGAUGUGGGAGACACAGAAGAAGUGUAUGUUGUUUGGUGGGAUUUGUGGGAGUAUUGGAGGGAUCACUGAAAUCAAUUUGGAGACGUACAAAAAACUCUUUGCACUUGAAAGUGAGAUGCUGAGGGAGAUGAAAGGAGUCAUCGAGUGCGAGUCGUUUGGGCAAUGGAAAAUGGUAUUUGAUGAUUGGAAAAGGAUGGAAGCCCAGAAUGUUAUCGAUGGGAAUGUCGUGGAGUUGUUCUUAGAUCUGCCUAAAGAGUCUCAAAAGCACAUCGCGGAAAAAAUUGGGUAUGCAGGAGAAGAACUUGUCACUGUGUUGGAAAGUAUGAACACUAUCUUUCAUUGA